UGCGCCACCACGUGGUCAUCAUCACCAUACCACGUGUUCACAGUGCGCCUGCUCCUGCGAUACAUCCGGCCGGUCCCUAUCAAUCGAUCAGAGAGAGGAAGAUGGCGGUGGAUGGAGUUAGCGGUGCAGGAUCGAUCACCGAAAAACUCGAUUGGGUUUGCUUUUCUUAACUGAGGCAAACACUCCCAAACACCGCCUGGUGCAGCAGUUUGUACUCGGAGUGAAGAAGAGACAACAGAGAGUGCUCCACAGAGCCUGUGCCUGCCUGCCAGCCUCCUCCGCCAUCCUCUAGCCUUCAGGACGAUGGAGUUCCCAUGGCACAGUGGGAAGGUUCUGGAGCAGCUUAACCGACAGCGCAAGGAGGGCCUGCUGUGUGACUGCACCUUUGUUGUGGAUGGGGUGGACUUUAAGGCCCACAAAGCUGUGCUGGCGGCCUGCAGUAUCUACUUCCGCACCCUCUUCCUGGACCAGAAAGAUGUGGUGCAUCUGGACAUCAGCAAUGCUGCAGGUUUGGGUCAAGUCCUGGAGUUCAUGUACACAGCCAAGCUGAGUUUAAGUCCACAGAAUGUGGAAGACGUGCUGGCUGUUGCAAACUUUCUACAAAUGCAAGAGAUUGUAAAUGCCUGCUCUGCAUACCAGUCAAUGGCAAAUCCAGCUCCUUCACUCAUAACACUGGAUUUCACCGUUGAAAAAACAGGUGAAAGGGAGCAGAAGGAGGAGCUGGAGACUGACCUGGCACAGGUGGCAUCACAGGCAGAGGAGACUCCUUCCUGCACCACCACAGAAGAUAAAGAAGCCACACAAAAUCAGGACAAUUUAACGGAAGACAUCUCUACUGAAAUACAACAGACUGAUUCUCAGCCCAGUCCCGCCAGAACCAACCCAGGCAGAGGACGACCCCCCAAAACCACUCCCCCUUCUUCUCAGAAGAAGAUAGUUGCAAAGGAAGGAGGAAGUGCUGCACAAGAUGCACCUGGAUUUCAGGAUGACCCCUCUGACGCCGACUACAUGCCUAAGUCACAGUUGAAACCUGCUGGCAGCUCAUCCUACAUGAGCUCACGAGGAAGAAGAAUCAGAAAGCGUCCUCGACGAAACUUCCCACCUGACAAUGACUCGGAGGAUGAAGGCACAUCAAAGACCAAACCUGAGAAGAAGGUGGCGGAGCCAGCAGAGGUGGCUGAAGAACAGGAGGACGACUCUGGAGAGAUUGCCGAUGGGGCAGCUGAUGAUGAAGAUGAUGGUGGAGAUGAAGAUGGCGAGGUCAGCGGGCAGGUGGGAGGAGUCGAUUCGGGCAGCGAGCGAGAGGGGAGACAAAACCAGUCAGCGUCAAUGAGCAGCCGAUCCGAGUCAAAGCCUUACAGCUCGGUGACACACAAAUGUGAGGACUGUGGGAAGAAAUUCACCCACACUGGUAAUUUCAAGAGACACAUGCGUAUUCACACGGGAGAGAAGCCGUUCAGCUGUCGGGACUGCAACAAGGCUUUCUCUGACCCAGCAGCCUGUAAAGCCCAUGAGAAAACACACAGCCCUCUGAAGCCGUACUGCUGCUCUACCUGUGGGAAGAGUUACCGUCAGAUCAGCCUGCUCAAUCUGCACCGCAAACGCCACACAGGUGAAGCACGUUACAGCUGUGACGUGUGCGGCAAGCUCUUCACCACAUCUGGAAACCUGAAGCGCCACCAGCUGGUGCACAGCGGCGAGAAGCCAUAUCACUGCGACUUCUGUGAGAAGGCCUUCUCCGACCCCACUGCCAAGAUGCGACAUCUGGAGACACACGACACAGAGAAGGGCAACAAGUGUCCACACUGUGAAAAACGCUUCAACCAGUUGGGGAAUCUGAAGGCUCACUUAAAAAUCCAUAUUGCAGACGGGCCUCUGAAGUGCAAAGAAUGUGGCAAACAGUUUACUACUUCAGGAAAUCUGAAGAGACACCUGCGGGUUCACAGUGGGGAGAAACCGUACGUCUGUGUGCACUGUCAGAGAGCUUUCAGUGACCCUGGAGCUCUGCAGCGGCAUGAGCGCAUCCACACAGGAGAGAAACCCUGCGUCUGUCUUAUCUGUGGCAAAGCCUUCACUCAGGCCAGCUCGCUCAUCGCGCAUGUCCGCCAGCACACGGGGGAGAAGCCUUAUGUGUGUGAUCGCUGUGGCAAAAGGUUUGUGCAGUCCAGUCAACUGGCCAAUCACAUUCGCCAUCACGACAACGUUCGUCCACACAAGUGUCACAUGUGCAACAAGGCAUUUGUUAAUGUUGGAGACCUGUCGAAGCACAUCAUCAUACACACAGGUGAGAAACCUUUCCUGUGUGAUAAAUGCGGCCGAGGGUUCAACCGGGUGGACAACCUACGCUCCCACGUUAAGACUGUCCACCAUGGCAAGGCCGGCAUGAAGCGACUGGUUGUAGCCGGGGGCAGCGCAGAUGAGGGUGCUGAUGGGUGCACGGGGACAGCCACCUCUGACAGCGAGAUCAACAUUGUUACCGUUACCACAGAGGACAUUGUCACCUUGGCAACAGAGGCCCUGGCAGCCAGUGCUGUAGCUCAGCUGACAGUUGUUCCAGUGGCUGCUUCAGUGUCUGCAGAUGAGACUGAGGCUUUGAAAGCUGAAAUCACCAAGGCAGUGGAGAAAGUGCAAGAAGCAGACCCCAACACCCAGAUCUUGUAUGCCUGUGAUUCAUGUGGUGAUAAAUUCUUGGAUGCAAGCUCCUUGGCCCAGCACGUACGCAUCCACACAGCUCAGGCCUUGGUCAUGUUUCAAGCAGAUUCAGACUUCUACCAGUAUACCACAGCCACCACAGCUGAGGGGGACACUGCCACAACAUGGCAACCCACAACUGAGCAGGUCAUCCAGGAGGGGGAACUGAUCUUCCCUGCUCAAGACGGAGAGGGAGAAGCAGAGGGAGAGGGAGGGAUGGUGGUGGAGACACAAGAGCAAGUAGAAGAAGGGUCAGCAGGGGUGAUUCAUGAGGAGGGGAGGGAGGUUGGAGAGGUGGAAACCCACACUGAGCUCCAAACAGAGGGAAAAGAAGCUACAGCAGAGGUAGAGGAGGAAAAAGAAGAGGAGAUGGAAUGUGAGAGUCAGGCGUAGUGAAGGGUGUAUGAAAUAUUGUUUGUGACAGAAAAUUAAUACAGGAGGAGUGAAACACAAGAAAUUAAGUGAGCUGAUGAAGUCUCAGAGUUUCAGCAUCCCAUGAUGUUAAAAUAAACUUUAUUUAAACUGGAUUCACAACAUAUAACAUUUUUUAAAACAAUUUUAUCUUAAGAUGUAUGGUCAUAAAUCAUGUUCUUUACACUCCUUACUCCGACAAAUGAGCUGAGGGUCAGUGAUUUGGUCAUUAUAUUGUAGAGUAUUCUUUCAGAGAUGGUUAUACUAUGUAUAGUUUGUUUAUUUUUAGACUGAAAUGCAGAAUUGUGUAUGGUCCUUUGUAUAAAACAUUUAGAUCACAGUUCAGUCUUACCUAAUAUAACUUAAAGACCUCUGUGUUAUUUUUUCAUUUCACACAGGUGAGAUAUGUACAUUUUCCUUAAACAGUCGAGAUAUUUUAUUGUACGUAAUUGAAGUAUUUUCAUGGAAAGCACAUUAUACACAGAUUAUUUACAUGACAUGUAGGGGUACUACAGCUUUAAAUGGGGGUAAUUGUCACCUCUUCCUUUUUCCAAGAGGGAGGUUCAUGUUCUGGCAAACACUGUAAAUGCUGUGCAUGUGUAAUAUUUGCAUAUUUGUUAUGUGUCCCCUAAAAGUCUUAUUACCUCUGAUAAAAGAUUUUAAAAAAAUAUUUGUGGUGAUGACAAACUUUUUUUUUCCUUUAAUUGUAAACUGAUUACACUGGACUGAAGACAGUUUCCUGUCACCAUUAGUUUCAUGUCCUUUUUUGUCUGUUCAUAUUAGCACCUACAAGAUGCUCUGUUCAGUAACAUUAUUUAGUCUCACUGGAAAUCAUCAUCACAUCAAUAAAGAAUCAUCACAGUCA